AUGGAAGAUGAAAAAUCAAUUGACACUCCAAUGCCUACAAAUGGAAACUUGGAAAGAAAUGAAAAUGGCAAGGAUGUUGAUGUCAAUAAGUAUAGAGGUAUGACUGGUUAUCUUUUAUAUCUUACUGCAUCUAGGUCAGAUAUUAUGUUUAGCAUGUGUAUGUGUGCUUGUUAUCAACCGACUGCUAAGGAAUCACAUUUAAAAGACGUAAAGCGCAUUCUUAUAUACCUUCAUGGUACAUUGAAGUAUGAGCUUUGGUAUUCCAAGGGAAGCGAUUGUAAUUUGGUUGGUUUUAUCGAUUCCGAUUUUUCUAGUUGCAAAUCGGAUAGAAAUAGUACAAGUGGAACUUGCCACAUGUUUUCAAACUACUUAGUAAGUUGGCAUAGCAAGAAACAAGUUUUCGUUGCUUUGUUAACUUUUGGGGAGGAAUACAUAGCAGUUGGUAAUUGUUGCGCUCAAAUUUUGUGGCUUAAACAAAAACUACUUGAUUUUGAUAUUAAACUACAUUGUAUUCCUAUUAUGUGCGACAACACUAGUGUUAUUAAUCUAACUAAAACAUAG